UAAACAGAAGUAAACAAUCAAACCUGCUGUUUAUUAAAUGCAUCAAUAAAUCAUGACGUCACAUAAAAUCAUAAAACAUCACGUCAUAAAAUAAUACAGAGACAGAUCAGAGGUCAGCAGCUAAUCGGUGAAAUCUCCCUUCAUCGUAGCUGUUUUAUUUUUAUUUUUAUUUAUUUUAAUUUAAUUUUUUAUAGUGUUGAAGGUUUAAAAGAGUAAUUACAGUGUUUCAGUGUGUUUGAGUGGAUCCUGUCAGAUCUCCUAUAGAUCACAUGGAUCUCCUCCUCGGACUCCUGUCAGCUUCUUAUUGACUCUACUGUGUGUGUGUGUGUGUGUGUGUGUGUGUGUGUGUGUGUGUGUGUGAGUGUGUGUGUGUGUGUGUGUGUGUGUGUGUGUGUAUGCGCGCGUGCAGGAAACAGAGACAUUUACCACUUUCUGCUGCUUUAAAGUGGCUUGUAGCUCCGGAUUAGAGAGACACACACGCUCACACACACAUGCACGCACAUGCACACACAUGCACACGCACGCACACACACACACCGGGACAGGAGAGAGAAGGGCAGUGAGGCUGCUGGGAGAGGGAGCUGCAGAGCUGCGGAGGGAUCAUGGAUUUGAUUUAACGCAGAAAAGACGAUCCAAACUUGUGCAGAGACGCAGAGUUGACUCUCUCUCUUCUUCCUCUGCACGAUUUAAUCCACUUCUUCCUCCUUUUUAACGCGUGAACUAUAUAUAAUAAUCCCCCCCCCCACAAUGUUGCCUCGUGCUCGUGCUCGUGCUGCUGCCCUCAGGACCGAUUUUUAAAGUUUUUAUUUAAAAGAAAAAAAAAGACGAAACAUUUCAGCAGCGAAUCAAAGCUGUGGAGAAAUUUCACAGUUUUUUCUAAUCUUAUAAUCUAUAAUCAAUACAAAGAAAAGCCACAGUGCGAUCAGUGUCAUCUCUAUAGGCUACUCUCGCUACACACACACACACGCACGCGCACAGCAGCAGGAGGCAUCACCGGAUUCUACUUGUGAAACUGCACGCGAGGAUCGAUGCGUUUUUCUUUUUUUCUUUUUUUUCUUUCUCUUUUUUUCUGAUCGAUAAGCUGAGUGUGUGAUCAGUAUCGGCUCUGCAUGGUCAGUGCACCGAGAGCCUUCACACACACCGACCCACCAACCCACCGACCCACCGACCGACCGACGGACACAGUCCCGGGGAGAGAGUGCAGGUCCCGGUGCAGGUUUCCCCCCCGGUCCCGGUCCCGGUCCCGGUGCAGCAGCAGCGGCAGCAGCGAGCAGACAAGCUCCUCUCUGCGUCCGGGACAACACACCGACUCUCUCUCUCUCUCUCUCUCGCUCUCUCUCUCGCUCUCUCUCUCUCUCUCUCGCGCUCUCUCUCUUUACCGUCUCCUCCUCCUGCUGGAGAUAAAUUAACGGAAAGCAGCUGUCGGUUGUUUUAGAGGCGAGGCGGCCGUCUGGCAGCUCAGGGAUCCCGUUUUUUGCCUUUUUUUUCUUCCUUUCUUCCUCGUCAGAUCUCUCUCUCUCUCUCUCUCUCUCUCUCUCCCUCUCUCUCUCUCUCUCUUUUUCCUCUUCCACACACACACACACACACACCACACCGGGACUCCGCGGACUCUGCUGCUCUGCUGCUUGCACCCCGCCCUCCGUCCCGAGCAACCGAGGAGCCGCACAGACUCACGCCGGCCACAGCGCACCGCAGGACGGAUAGACAUGCUGCCGAGGUCCGCCGGUCCUCCCGGUUCUCUGUCGGUUUGAAAUGCAGUUUUUGGGAAUUUUGGAGGUUUGCACCGUCCACCAGCACCGGCAGCUCGCGCCUCAGCUCACACCGACACCGACACCACACCGGGCUGCCCUGUGAUCCUGUUUUUUUUUCUAAUUAUUUUUUUUUCUAUUUUUUUAUUUCUCUAACGGGACUUUUUUCCUCUUGUUGCUGGAGAUGUUCUUGGUGUCUGGGCUGAAAGUUGUGUUGUGUCCCCGGCGGAGGGCCUCUAACAGGUCCGGACAGUACAUGUAACCCGAGGCGGGGGUCAAAGUUCAGAGCUGGUUGGAAAUGUGAAAGCGAAGGGGGCAAAAGGAGGGCUCUAUUUCCCCUUCUCUCACUCUCUCUCUCUUUCCUUUUUUUUCUGUUCUUUCCCUUUUUUUCACAUACACACACACGCGCGUGCACACACACAAACUGGAGUUACAGUAACACACACACACGCGCGCACACACACACACACACCUUCCAGAUCUAAGAUUAGAUCCGACAGAUAUGUAUUCCCCGCUAUGUCUAACACAGGAUGAAUUCCAUCCUUUCAUCGAAGCCCUGUUGCCCCACGUCCGGGCCUUCGCCUACACAUGGUUCAACCUGCAGGCCCGCAAGAGGAAGUACUUCAAGAAGCACGAGAAGCGCAUGUCCAAGGAGGAGGAGCGCGCCGUGAAGGACGAGCUGCUCGGCGAGAAGCCCGAAGUCAAGCAGAAGUGGGCGUCGCGCCUCCUCGCCAAACUCCGCAAGGACAUCCGGCCCGAGUUCAGGGAGGACUUUGUGCUGACGGUGACGGGGAAGAAGCCGCCGUGCUGCGUGCUGUCCAACCCCGACCAGAAGGGCAAGAUGAGGAGGAUCGACUGUCUGCGCCAGGCGGACAAAGUGUGGAGGCUGGACCUGGUCAUGGUGAUUUUAUUCAAAGGGAUUCCCCUCGAAAGUACUGACGGGGAGAGGCUGGUAAAGUCUCCUCAGUGUUCGAACCCCACCCUGUGUGUGCAGCCGCAUCACAUUGGAGUUUCAGUCAAGGAGCUGGAUCUGUACCUGGCCUACUUCGUGCACGCGGG